AUGGGUCUGAUGCAAGAAGUUGAUGCAGCAAUUUUCCUGCAGCAGUUGAGCCGACUCAAGAGAAACCAUACUAAUUGCAACGACGGCCAGCCCAUCCAACAACUGAAGCCCAUUCCUUCCAAAUCAAAUUGUCCACCUACCGACGGCGAACCCAUCCAACAACUGAAGCCCUGUCCAAAAACCGGCCUCCCGUCCCUCCCUUCGCUCGUCCGCGCCGCCCUCACCUGCCGCGCCUUCCUCGCCGCCGUCCGCUCCUCCCCCGCCUUCCGCCGCCGCUUCCGCGCGCUGCACCCGCCCCCUCUCCUCGGCUUCUUCUUCAACCCCGACGGCAACGAAAACCCCACCUUCACGGCAAGUUCAUCUCCGGUGAUUUCUUCCUGGUCGUCCCCGACGACGAGGCUCCCGACAGGCGUUCGUUCCGCGUGGUCACCUCCUGCCACGACAAGUCUCGGGUGCGCGUCGCCGUCUUCUCGUCGGCCACCAGGAAGUGGCAAAUCCUCCCCUGGCGGCCUGUGCCGACACAGCCGGCGAGCGGCAAGUACUGGCUUCUCUCGGGGAAUCAGGACUGGGGAUACAAAGGAUGGGAAGCUCUGCAUCGUGGCCGCGAUCGAUUUCACACUCUUCGUUUGGUUCCGGACACAAGAUGCUGAUGGUGUUGACAAGUGGGUGCUUCAAAAUGUGUUGCAGAUGGAGGAAGAGGUUCUUGAGGCCACCGAGGGCGAACGGGAUGAACUUGAACAGCUUAAAGUGUUUGCAAUUCGGGACGGAAUUGUGUACAUGACGACAUUUGAUACAUUUAGAGAUGCUACUUUGCCUUGUUGGUACCUAUCCUUCUGCCUGGAAACAAGGAAGCUGGAAAAGCUCUUUUAUGUAAAAGCUGAUGGCCAUGCUCAUCCCUACUUCAUGCCAUGGCCCACUUCUUUAGUAGAGUAG